AUGGCUGAUAUCUAUCAUGCUGGAUCAGGAGUCUCAAAAGGAUUUCCACAAGCUCCUUAUGGAUAUCCAAUGCAUUGUAAUAUGUCUCGUGCCUUUCAAGAAAUGACCGAUGAUGAAAGGAAGUGCCUCGAGGAACGCAAAUAUUGGUGUUUCUUAUUGUCCAGUGUUUUUUUGGGAAACUUGCAAAAUUUCAGUAUUGUAACAUUUUGCGUAUCAAUGCUUCUAGUCGUCGUAUGGAGGAUAGUUACACAUUUAUUUUGCCAGAGGCGAGAACGCGAUGAAAUCGAAACGAUAUAUGAACAGCAAAAUGGCAAACAUGGUCUUUUGAAAAAUGAAAUUGAUGGUUUCGCAUUUAAACAAGAAGAAGUUCAAAUAGGAUGGAUGACUGAGGCAAAAGAUUGGGCUGGUGAGCUUAUUUCUGGCCAAAGUAUGACUGGACGCAUACUUGUCGUGCUCGUUUUUAUAUUAUCUAUUGGAUCGCUAAUCAUAUAUUUCUAUGAUGCAUCUCACCCAAAUUUUCAAGUGGAAACAUGCGUUUCAUGGUCCGAGAGUCCAUCGCAACAAAUCGACCUUGGUUUCAACAUUUUUUUCCUUAUCUAUUUUUUUAUUAGAUUUAUCGCAGCGUCCGAUAAAGUAUGGUUUCUAUUGGAAGUUUAUAGUUUCAUUGAUUAUUUUACGAUUCCACCAAGUUUUGUUGCAAUAUACCUCGAAAGAAAUUGGCUAGGUUUACGAUUUUUACGUGCUUUACGAUUGAUGACUGUACCUGAUAUUCUGCAGUACCUCAACGUUCUGAAAACCUCGUCGUCAAUUCGUUUAACUCAACUUCUUUCCAUAUUUAUUUCUGUUUGCUUGACUGGAGCUGGAUUUAUACAUGUGUUGGAAAAUAGCGGUGAUCCAUUUAAGAAUUUUGCAAAUACACAUCGUAUAACUUAUUGGGAUUGUGUUUAUUUUUUAUUAGUAACAAUGUCGACGGUCGGUUAUGGAGAUAUUUAUUGCACAACUUUCCUUGGGCGAUUAUUCAUGGUUUUCUUUAUUCUCGGUGGAUUAGCGAUGUUCGCCAGCUACGUUCCAGAAAUUGCUGAUUUGAUUGGUUCGAGGCAAAAAUACGGUGGUGAAUAUAAAGGCGAACAUGGAAAAAAACAUAUCGUUGUAUGUGGCUAUAUAACCUACGAAUCUGUUAGCCAUUUUCUUCAGGAUUUUCUUCACGAAGAUCGCGAAGAUGUUGAUGUUGAAGUUGUUUUUCUACAUAGAGUGCCGCCCGAUCUUGAGCUUGAAGGACUUUUUAAAAGACAUUUUACUAAAGUUGAAUUUUUUACUGGAACGGUAAUGGAUUCAAUCGAUCUUUCACGUGUUAAAGUUGACGAAGCAGAUGCUUGCCUUGUUCUAGCUAAUAAAUAUAGUAGUGACCCAGAUGCUGAAGAUGCAGCCAAUAUCAUGCGGGUUAUAUCUAUAAAAAAUUAUAGCGCUGAUAUUCGAGUUAUUGUUCAAUUAAUGCAGUAUCACAAUAAGGCGUAUUUAUUAAAUAUCCCAUCGUGGGACUGGCGAAGAGGCGACGAUGUGAUUUGCCUUGCUGAAUUAAAACUUGGCUUUAUUGCUCAGUCUUGUCUCGCACCUGGUUUUUCGACAAUGAUGGCUAAUUUAUUUGCUAUGCGAUCAUUUAAAACGUCAAGACAAACUCCCGACUGGCUAAAUCUUUAUUUAUGUGGUGCAGGAAUGGAAAUGUAUACGGAUACUCUAUCACAUGGAUUUGUCGGGAUGACAUUUCCGGAAGCUGCUGAGUAA